AUGGACCUCAACUCGAGCGUCGAGCGACACUCGCCCAACCCACCGUCACGCAUCGCUGUGGUCGUGCUCGGCGACUUUGGGCAUUCGCCGCGCAUGCAGUACCACGCACUCUCGCUCGCGAACGCUGGUCACGCCGUCGACGUCGUCUCCUACGCCGAGAGCUCGCUACCGAUGUGGGAGAUUUCGGAACAUGGGUUGAUCGCGCUUCGAGCGGUCACGAGAGGACAUUUUGCGUUCGCGGCGAAAUGGCCGGCGGCGUGUCGGUUGCUCGUGCGAGCGAUCGCGCAAUUCAUUCACCUGACGUUCAUCUUGUGCACGAUCCAGCGACCGAAGCGGAUGGUCGUGCAAAACCCACCGUGUGUGCCGACAUUUCUGGCGUGCGGGGUGGUGUGUUGGAUGCGUGGGAUUGAGUUAGUAAUCGAUUGGCAUAACUUGGCGUUCACACUCUUUGGGAUGAAAUAUGGAUCGGAGACGAGAGUGGCAAAGAUGUGCGAGCGACAUGAGCGAAAGCAGGGUAAGAGGUGGGCGUCGAAGCACAUGUGCGUGACAGACGCCAUGAGAGAGUUCCUGGAGACGGAGUGGGGGAUGACGAAUGUGAGCGUGGUGAGAGAUCGCGCGGCGGAGCAGUUUCGGAUCGCGGCGCGCACGCGGGCAGACGCGAACAAUCCGAUGUGGUUUUGGAAGCAAACUAGAGUCCAGGAGGAGCUGGAGAAGUCACGCGUUGCACGCUCUGGGGAUGUACUCGAUCGCUACGUACGAGGUCAUCACGAGAACUUGCACAGGAACAAGCCGCGAAUCGUGGUAAGCUCGACUUCAUGGACGCCAGAUGAAAACUUUGGCAUUUUGCUCGACGCCGCGAUCGCAUACGACGCUCGCAAGCGUACGAGCGGUGGGGUGUCAUCGUAUGAGAGUCCUGAUUUAGUCAUCAUCAUCACUGGCAAGGGGCCGGAGCGGGAGAUGUACGAGCAAAAGAUCAACACUCUCGCACUCAAACACGUGGCAUUUCGCACCGUUUGGCUCGACAUCGCUGAUUACCCGCUCGCGCUCGCGAGUGCGCACCUCGGCGUGUGCCUCCACACUUCGAGUAGUGGAUUAGAUCUACCUAUGAAGGUUUUGGACAUGUUCGGCGCCUCACUUCCCGUCGCCGCGGUUCGAUAUGAAGUAGUCAAAGAACUCAUUGAGGAUGGCGUGAACGGCGUGCUUUUUAGCGACGCCGAGGAGCUCUGCAAACUACUUCAGAAACUUUUGUCGCGCAAGAACAAGUACAUCUUGACCGCUCUGAGAGCGGGCGCGGAGAAAGCAGGUGAGUUGACGUGGAACGAUCAUUGGAACGAGCACGCGAAGCCGCUCUUUAGCGAUUGA